UUUCUUCCUCCUCCUCCGGGGGUCCGGUCGGGGGGCCAUGGCGGUGUCCACUGAGCGCCUGGCCCAGGACCUGAGAGACUUUGGCCUGGAAUUCGAGGAAGACGAGGCCGUGUGCGAGAAAAUGGUGGAGUUAUGUCUCAUGCACCGGAUGAAGGACGACGAACUGGCUAGGGAGCUCAUAGCCUACACAACGAACAAAAGAGAAGCGCGCAUCACCCUAGAGCUCCUGAACGUCUUUGAGCAUGAUUUGGCGAACAGGAGGACGAGCACAGCCAAGAGAGGCGGAGGGCACGCUGGGCCUAGAGACAUCACUUCCAUCCAGGAACUGAUUGAAGAAGAGGCUGAAGUGGAAGACUUACUGGAUUCCUACACGUCCUCUUCCAAGAGCUCCCAGAAGCGAAUCAUCACCACGCCAGAAACACCGCGGUCGAAGAGGAUCGUGUCGACCCGAAGUCCUCACCUGCUCUUCUCUCCCACCAGCUUCUCCCCAAGCGCGACUCCCUCUCAGAAAUACAGCUCCAGGAGCAGCCGCGGAGAAGUGGUCACCUCCUUCGGCUCAGCCCAGGGCAUGUCUUGGUCCGGGAAAGGCGGAGAGGGAAACGUCAGCCUGAGCGUCCUGGGCUGUCCGGAAUCGCUCACCGGGACCUACAAAUCCAUGUUCCAGAAGCUGGUGGAUAUCCGGGAAGUCCUGAUCUGUAAGAUUGAAGACCUGGGAUAUGAGCUGAAGGAAGUGUACAACAUUGAGGCCUUUGCUCCUGUCUUGGAACCAGCACAGGAACCGGUCACUGUGCUCGGGCAGAUCGGCUGCGACAGCAACGGGAAGCUGAACCCCAGCUCAGUUAUCCUGGAAGGGGAUCGGGAGCAUUCCCUAGGAGCUCAGGUGCCCGUGGACUUGUCUGAGCUCCAGGAAUAUUCCCUCUUCCCUGGUCAGGUCGUGGUGAUGGAAGGAACCAACACGACAGGGAAAAAGCUGAUCGCCACCAAGAUCUACCAGGGUGUGCCGCUGCCCUUCCACCAAUCCGCCGAAGAAGACACAGAGCAGCGGAUGGUGGUGGUGGCCUCGGGGCCUUACACCACUUCGGACAGCAUCACUUACGACCCCAUGAUGGACCUCAUCGCCGUCGUCAACCGGGACCGGCCCGACGUCUGCAUUCUGUUUGGACCUUUUCUGGAUGCGAAACACCAACAAGUGGAGAACUGCCAGCUGACCAGCCCGUUUGAAGACGUGUUCAAGCACUGCCUUCGGACCAUCAUCGAAGGAACCAGAAGUUCCGGCUCCCAUCUCGUGUUCGUCCCGUCGCUGAGAGAUGUGCACCAUGACCUUGUGUACCCACAGCCCCCUUUCAGCUGCUACGAGCUGCCUAAAGAAGACAAACAGCGGGUGCUCUUCGUCUCCGACCCCUGCACCCUGUCCAUCAACGGUGUGGUGUUCGGCUUGACGUCUACGGACCUGCUGUUCCACAUGGGAUCCGAGGAGAUCUGCAGCUCCUCCGGUGGCCCGGACAGAUUCAGCCGGAUUCUGAAGCACAUCCUGACUCAGAGGAGCUACUACCCCCUGUACCCGCCGAUGGAAGAGAUGGCCAUCGACUAUGAGAAUUUCUUCACCUACGCCCAGCUUCCGGUCACCCCCGACAUCCUCGUUGUGCCAUCUGAGCUGAGAUACUUCGUGAAGGACAUCCUUGGCUGCAUCUGCAUGAAUCCCGGCCGCCUCACCAAGGGGCAGGUGGGCGGCACCUUUGGACGCCUCUACAUGAGGAAGCAGAACCCUGGCCAGGAGGGACGGAAGAGUCCGUGUGUUGCUGCCCAAGUGGUCAAGAUCUGAUGCGCUGACCCCCUGCCCACGGGGCAGUGGACACCAGGAGAGCUCCGGGGAGGACCCCCCGAGAGGACUGGCAAGGAGCUGGCCACAUGGGCCUGGACCAGGACUCCCCCGGCCCGAGAGAUGCCCGGUGCGGGACUGGCAUAUGCCUCGUGGAUGGAGGGCAUCUGGCCGGCAUCUGUCCAAACAGUGACUACCGUUGGCUUGGAGGGUAGAAUAAAAACGCAGGUUU